CUUGAGGUUCUCUAGUUUGAAUACUUUGUUCUGUGCAGUUUGCAACGUAACCACUGGCACUCUAAUUAUACUCAUGUUCACAAUUGUAUAUAACCUUAUGAAACAAGUUUAACUUUAAACAAUCGCUACGUGUUACCUCAUGUAUAUAAGUAAUGGAGGAAUUAUUAAAUGAAAAUGUUAGUUUAAAUUUGUGUUUAAGUAAAUUGAGAAAAUUAAAACAAAAUGGCACGUUGGAUCUGGAUAAAUAUUUCACGCAACAAACUAUCAAAUGGCGAAAUAUCUUGGAAUACAGUGUUUUAGAAGCAUAUGUUGAACAUUACAAUGAAGAGUACAGAUUGGAUACUCUGGCACUCUUGGUGGAAUCAAAGAAAAGUACAUUAAGAUUUACAUACAAGGAACUUAAUAUCAUUUUGUUAUUCCUAAGAUGCAAUCUCUGCGAGAAAAUGGAAUAUAUACCUCUUAUUAAAAAAGCCUUAAAACGACUCAAGGAUAGUUUGGCUGUGAUGCAAAGACAAUUGAUACAAAGAGAAAGAAUAAGAAAUCAUGAUAAAGAAAAUGCUGCUUUUGAGACUUACACAGACACUUUAUCUGUAUCUGAUCAAAUAUCUGAGCAAAUUGAAUAUAAUAUAAUGGACUAUACUGUAUUCUUUAUAAAUCUACGUGAGAUUUGUGUAGAUAAUCUAUAUCCAGAUGCAACGUAUCAUCGUAGACGUUCCAGUUUGCGGAUACUUUUGCUUGUGCAAGAACUUCUUAGUAAUGAAUUUAAAGAUAUUGAAUGGAGCAAGGAACAAGUGGAAAAAAUAUUCCAAUGUUUACUUCUGGAUACGUAUGAGCAUAACAAAGAGAUGGCAUAUCAAUUAAUAAAACACACAGAUCCAAAUCUCUUAUGUUUAGAUUCGAAGUGGCAAGUUGAAAUGAUAAUUAAAGUGGCAUUUCAACUAGGUACAAGUAUACGACCCAUUGACAGUGUUACAGCUGCAUACAUGUUUAAAAUAUCCAUGCUGUCUUCUGUUAUAAAGGAUGUUCUCAAUGAUAUAAUUCUAGCUUCUGAAGAGAAUAUUCUAGAUUACAAAGUUGAUGACAAUAUUGCAGAAGCAACGAAGUUACAGCUAAUUUUACUACUGUAUGGAAGAUUAAAAAAGGCAUUGGUUUCAUCAAAACUGAACAUUGGAUUGACAAUUAUUACAUGUUCCCUAUAUGGAUAUUUGUUUUGCAUGAGAAGUUUGCUCAAUGACUGCAACUUGAGAAAUGCUGAAAAAGACAAAUUAUGGAAAGAUGUUAUAGCUGAUAUCAUUACACUAUGCAUCCAAUUAAAUAAAACUGUUUCUGUAGUAGUAAAUAAUGCCUCACCGGAGGGCCAUUUACCAAUGGACUUGAAAACAUUGAACGUAUCGUUUCCUGGAAAUGAGAGGGUAACGCCACAGAUGGUAUUACUUUGUUCUUGGCGUACUGUCAAAGAAGUCAGCCACUUGUUCGGUCUGUUUGCCACCAAGGCGACGAUACAAACAAACAUAUUUAAAAGUGAACUGCUUUCAAUGCAACAAAUUGGAGAAAUGAUGGAACAUCUCGCCUCAUUAUUGUGUGAUACGAAGCACAGAGGAGCGUUCGAGCAGGCGUACGUGGGUUUCCAUCAAUUAUGUACGCAAUUGUGGCAAUCGACAAGUGUAGAUUUAAAACUACUUCCUAUGUGGUGCUUGCACGAUAUCUUAAUAGGUAUCACAGGAUUAAUACCAGGAUAUUUGAUAUGCGCGACGAGAAGAAGCGCGGGUGUUCCGUUUUUGAUACAGGGACUGGUAUCCUCGACGCUAAAAACGGGUGAAAAUUCAAACAGGAUCUUUUACUCAAUUAUGAAAAUCUUAUUACAAUUCACAAAACUUGAAGAUACCGUUAAUUUAUGGGCAAAAGUGACAGACAUAAUGUACGAAGAUUUCAUCUUACCAAAUAUAAUUAACAUAUUUUUCCCUAACAAAAAAAUAAUGAAACCGGAAAUAGAGAGCAGAAGCGAAGCUUUCGAAGCAAAAGUUAAGCUUGACAUUACCGAGAUAAAGAUUCAUUCCAUGAAUAUUCUCAGAGCCCUAUUCAGACACUCUCAGCUCAGCGACACGGUUAAACGUUACGUCGCGGACGGUUUGAUAGUGGCGUUUAAACACUACGAUGGUAGAACAUGGGCAGAACGCAAUGCAGCCACGUUAUUAUUUAGUGCGCUUAUAGUUCGAAUAUUUGGUGUUCAAAGAACCAAAGAUCACAUUAAUCUAACGACCUGCAACAUGAUGACAGGGAGACUAUUCUUCGAAAGAUAUCCCAGUCUUCUACCUUUUAUUCUAGAUGAAUUGCGAACUUUCAUAUCGACCAACGAUACAACGAUAAAGUCGGACGUGCAGGCCAUUUUAUUGUUGCUAUCGCGGUUGUAUAUUAGUAACGAAACGGACGUUACUCAGAAGAUAAAAGAAUUGCGUGAUUUGGUAUCGCAGUGCGCUAAAAGUCCGGUAUAUCAAACACGUGAGCUCGCGGCUAGAGCAUUAAUACCAUUAUUAACUGAAAGUACAGCCCACAGCACUUUAACGAAUUUGUUUCAACUGAUUUUAAAAAUAACUCAAGACAUUCAAGUUCUUCGAACCUCGGCGAACCUAAUCCACGGCUAUCUACUGCAGAUACUUAAAAUUCUGAAGAAAUUCCCGUCCGUCAAAGAGCUAUUUAAACCUCAUCAAGUCGUAAAUCUCUCGAGCAUACUGCAAUGUAUAUUAAGUUGUCUGAACAGAAGAUCCGAUGGGUUCAAUAGUUUCCCAUUAGCUACCGUAUAUGUAGAUAUCUUGCGUGAAUUAUAUAAAACAGAAAAGAACAUAAUCGACGACUGCAAAAUGAAGGAUAUAUUGCAUACACUUCAGCAGUGCUUAAUAGAAGAGGAUUUAUCAAAACCAAGACAGCCAUGGCCAGGCGAGCAAAUGUACAAAGUAUCCGUGAUCAAACUCGUGUUGCACGUCGGAAAAUAUUUAGAUUUCUUGCAAACAGUACAUAAUGGACGAAAUAAAGCGUUCGAGAUUUGGUCACGACUUUUGGUCACGCCGGAAGCUGAAGUGCAAAGCAUCGCUUGGAACACCGUUCCCGAAGUAUUAACAAUAGUCCAAGAUAGUGAACAAAGGAAGUUGCUGGGCAAUUACGCUAUUCUAAUAAUUUCUUGGAAUGCUGCCCUUUUCACCAAAAAUUUACAUCAAUAUAAUCCCGUUUUACAAGAUGCACUUUUCGAUUUCUUGUAUAACUGUCUAAUGAAUGCAAAUGAAUGGUUUGUCGCUGAUGCUGAUCACAAGAAACAUGAGAUUUGCACCUUAGUGCUGCGGAGAAUAUACUCGCACAAAGCGAGCAAUGUUUAUUUCCAACGCGUUAAUUAUCUACGAUUGCUUGGGAAAUGUAUGACGACACUGAUACAUGAUAUAACGGAUAAAGAGCUCGAGAAGGAAUAUAAAAAGGACAUUUACAGAAAAGUCUGCGAGAGCAACUGGAUCAGUUCGUUAUGCAAAGACUUUAGACCAUCAGUUUUCGAUAUACUCUUUGAUCUUUUCGAUGCAGACAAUAUUAAUGCCGAGCAAUGCCAUCCUGUGCUAGAUUGGUGGACAAUGACAUUGCAAUUAUUAGUCGAUGAUAAUGCGGAUGUUCGGUCUGAAGCAUGCAAACUGAUUUGUCGUAUUGAGCCGUCUAACGAAGUGAAAUGUAUAGAAAGAAUGUUACCGGUUUUCUUUAACAUGUUCCUCAAUACAGUAGCUGAUAAGUGUCCCGAAAUAGCAUUCAGUGCUCUCUUCUGCUGGAGCGUUUCGUUAUUAGACACAGACUAUGAAAUGGAUGAAACUGAUGUCUUCAACAAGUGCAGAAAUUACGAUGUCUUUGAGCCCGUGAAAAUAUCAGAAAUAUGCUAUAAUUGGACAAAGUCAAUUGGACUACGACACUUCAAUGAUAACAUACUACCACUGGAUGUGAUUGAAUGGAUAAAUUAUCGUUUGGAAACAGAGUUUACUGCACUAUCCUUCAAAGAAAUUGUAUUCUGUUACAAGGGCAAUAUGCCAAAAAUUGAAAAAAAUUUGUUUAAAAUUUUAGAUCCAACAUACAAGGACAAAUUGCUGCAAGUUCUGGUGUAUGAAAAAUAUUGGACAUUGUUUGGAACGUUGAAUUUAAUCUAAUCUCAAGCAUACUUUUGAACAAUUUUUUUAUUAUUCAUACAUAAUAUAAUGUUAAUAAAUGUAUAAGACAAUAUAUAUUACAGUAUGUUUGAGAGAUUUACAA